AUGAACACAAUUAGAUCCAAUAUGCGUCUCAUGUCCAAUCCAUUAACACAACAAGUAAGACAUUCAACUUUAAAUCAAAUCAGAUAUGGGAAAUGUCCGCCACCCGACAAGACAAGAAAGAGUAAAGCACCCGAUUUAGAUGGGAAUCCAUUUAAAAAGGGAGUAAUUUUACGUGUUAUGAUUUUAAAACCAAAAAAACCAAAUUCUGCUUUGAGAAAAUGUGCUAGAGUUAGAUUAAGUAAUGGACAUGUCAUAUCUGCAUUAAUCCCCGGUGAAGGUCAUAAUUUACAAGAACAUCAUUUGGUAUUAGUUAGAGGUGGUAGAGUACAAGAUGUUCCUGGUGUUAAAUAUCAUUUGGUUAGAGGUGCUUAUGAUUUAGCUGGGGUUGCUAAUAGAGGUACUUCAAGAUCUAAAUAUGGUGUUAAGAAACCAAAACAAUAG